GCGGUGCUUCGACUCGGUGUCCCCAGAGCCGAGCGCUAAGCCCACAGCCGCUCCCUCCGCCCGCGUCUCUCUCGGCCAUGGGCGCCGGCUCGUCGGCGCUGGCUCGCCUGGGCCUCCCCGCGCCGCGCCUCCUCGCACGGCCCGGGUCCGGCUGGCUCGGGGUCGCAGUGCUGGGAAUGGCCGCGGUGGUGCUGGGGGCAGUCGCUUGGCUCCGCGGGCGGUCCAGGCGGCGCCGGCGGCUGCAACAGGUGGGCGCGGUGGCUCAGCUCUGGAUCUACCCAGUCAAGUCCUGCAAGGGGGUGCCAGUGAGCUCCGCGGAGUGCACGGCCAUGGGGCUGCGCAGCGGCCACCUGCGGGACAGGUUUUGGCUUGUGAUCAAUGAGGAAGGGAAUAUGGUUACUGCUCGCCAGGAACCUCGCCUGGUCCUGAUUUCCCUGACAUGUGAUGGUGAUGCCCUGACACUCAGUGCCGCCUACACGAAGGACCUGCUGCUACCCAUCCAAAUGCCCACCACAAAUACGGUGCGCAGGUGCAGAGUGCACGGCCUGGAGAUUGAGGGCAGAGACUGUGGUGAGGCUGCUGCACAGUGGAUAACGAGUUUUCUAAAGACGCAGCCCUACCGCCUGGUACACUUUGAACCUCACAUGCGACCGAGACAUCCUCAGCAAAUAAAAGACUUGUUCCCAGCCAAAGAGCGGAUUGCUUACCCAGAUGCCAGCCCAUUCUUGAUUCUUUCUGAGGCAUCCUUGGCGGAUCUCAACUCCAGGCUAGAGAAGAAAGUUAAAGCCACUAACUUCAGGCCCAAUAUUAUCAUUUCUGGAUGUGGUGUCUAUGCGGAGACCCAGACCUGUUUCUUCCCUCCUGUGCUCUGUGCCUUGCCCAUACCCGGGCUUGUUCUGUUACAGUGCUCACCUCCAGGGAUUAUACGUUGGAAGGAAGACUCUCAUGCUCACUUGGCCCGCAGUGAGGCAAGUGGGAUCAGUCAGGGAGGCUUCCUGAAGGAGGUGAGAUUCCAUGAAAACCUCUCAUCUCAGGUGAAUGAACUGACAUAUCUAAAGAGAGAGGGAACACGAAGGUGUGUGAAUACCUGUUGGCUUCCCAGGACUGAGGAUUCUUGGGAUGUGCUUCGUAUUGGUGAUGUGGAACUGAAAAGGGUGAUGGCUUGUUCCAGGUGCAUUUUAACCACAGUGGACCCGGACACUGGCAUCAUGAGCAGGAAGGAACCGCUGGAGACGCUGAAGAGUUACCGCAAGUGUGACCCUUCUGAACAAAAGUUAUAUGGAAAAUCACCUCUCUUUGGACAGUAUUUUGUUCUGGAAAACCCAGGGACAAUCAAAGUGGGAGACCCUGUGUACCUGCUGAGCCAGUAAUAGGAACCACAUGCCCUGGAAUACUAGACGCCUAGACGCCUUUCAAAAAUAUCCUCAAAAAUGACAAAACUAGAAGCCAUGUUUCAUCUAACACCUCAGCAUUUUCUUGAGAUUUGUGAUUUUCAAUUUUUUCCUCUUUUGGACUAUCUUCAUAUUUUGAUAUUUCUAGUGUCCCUGUGCACAAAGCAAAGAAAUAUAGUUUUGAUAACUUAGUGGGACUCCACAGCAUUCUGAAAACUCCCUAUUUAACCGCAACUGUGGGAUAAUUCUGCUUCUCCAUUUAUCUACCAAGAGUGCCAGUCUCUAUCUUCUCACUACAUAUACCACUCUUCAGGGGAAGAGAAGAGAAAGAGGAAGAGUGGGAGAGCCAGAAGAAUGUUCUGGAAUGUUUUAUUACUUUUGUGGCUGGGGCUUGCAGUAAAAAUUAAACUACUGCCCAAAUAAGGCUGAAAUGCAACUUCGCUUUUCUCCUCAAUCCUCAGGCUAGCUUUUCAAAGGGCAUAAAAAGCCUGACUUUCAGGAAGCACUUCAAGUAUUAAUUUAUCAGAUCUUCUUGAAUCUGGCACUAUGUGAGUCACUGUGAAAGUUUUGAGACAGGCUAUUUUAUGUUCCAUUAUUUCACUUCCAAGAAACUCAGUUGAUAGGUUGAGUUAUCAUUUCUGAUUGACCCAUGCAAGUUUCGACUUGCUCAGCUUAUUGGUGUUGCUGGAAGGACUUGAUUGUUUCCAUUUGAGUGGAUUUUACAUUUCUUGAUUUUUGUGUAUCUCAGAACUUUUGUAAUGACCCAUGUAUUACUUCUCAGAUUGCAUUUGAUUUCCUAAAAGGUCUCAGAAAGGUGGUUGUGCUAUCAUAAAGGCCUCUGGAUCCUUGCUGGUCCCUUCAACUCAUGACUCAGUAAAAUUCAGGGUGAAAAAGUUCUGAAGUCUGUGGAGAACUCUGAUGGUGUGAUUUGAAAUAUAUCACUGAAAAUCUUUAAAAGGAGAAGAGAACAGGAUAUGUUAGUUUGAUUAAAAUCCAAUAUCUAAUUUUUUACUAAACUAUGCAACUCUAAGAUCUGAGGUCUUUCAUUGCCAUUUGUCCUUUGAUUGAAGGACAGUUAGUCAGUUAGGAAGUUGACUGAAUCAUGAAAAAUGUUUUAAAAACUAUAAAUAAAUGGAAGUUACUUUGACUAAUUUCAGAUCUUAGUAAGCUCUUGGCACAAGAAGAAGACUUUAAAAGCUGAAUGAGGUGAACAGACAAAGACAAUAAUUCUGACACCUGACCAGAGCUGGGUUUUCUGAAAAAUGGACCUGCUCACAUGCUUCAUCCCAGAUAACACUCGUUUUUGAAGAGUUAACAAGUAAACAUGCUUUUUACCAAAGCUGUGCAUUUUUCACUUUAGUUUAUAAAAGAGGUUAAUGAUCACGGAAACCUAGCUGAGCUUUGGGAUAAAAUUGUAAGUUAAGAAGUGAGCGCGCAUACCUGGUGUGUUUUCUGGUGGUUUGAAUUAUUGCAGAUUGUUUUCUGCCCACUUGAUGUGAAGUGGAGAAUUGAAAAUUAUCCAGACAACCUGGGCCAUUACUUUCCCCAGUAAAUCCACCUUAUACUGAAACUACAGAUAGAUUGAUUAAGAAUGAAGAGUUUGGCAAGCAGCAUCACUAACAGGACCUGGGGAACCCAUGGUAGGAUGAAUGCCCACGGGAUUUAGGAAGCUGUGUGAAUAUCAGCUCUCUGUGAGUAGCCAGUGUUUAGGGACUGAUUAGAAAUCCAAGGCUGGCUUUGGUGGCUACACCAAGGUAUUUGUAAUCAGUGGCAAAGCUGAAGGUCUGAGAACUGAAUUUCUAAUCUCUUGUGAGAAGUAGCAUCAACUUCAUCAUGCCCGUCCAUGUCAAGGGUCACACUUUAGGCAGAACUCAUCAUUCUGGGCCAGCUAGCACUACAGGGCAAUUCUCAAAUGGAAGCAGGAACCCAGAUAUUCAUUUCACUGGGUGAGAGUCUCCUUCUGCUCUCUUUUACAGCCUGAAAAAGAGUCCUGUUCGAAGGGAGAGAGGAUCCAGUGACCUCCAGAAUCUCAGAGCACUUGCCAAGGUUUCUGUCACUGAGAUUUAAAGCCAUUUACUUGUGUUUAUUUUAUAUUUAAUGAGUUGGUUAAUGCCAAAGGCAAAGCUGAUGUCUUGUUUAUUUUGGAUGUUGGACACAUGUACACAAGUCCCCUUGAAAUACAGGAUCAGGAACGUAGGCUGUCACAGACCUUCAGGAAGAUCUCCUUAUAACAGCGGGUGAUGGACAUUCACACAUUAGGGGUCAGACCUAAAUAUUUACGCUCGGUGGGCAUUUCCUUCUGUGUGGCAACUUCAUGCUGUGAUCACAGUGGAGCUUUACAGACCCAGAGCUGGAGGUCUUGCAAAGGACAAUGUGGGAAAGGCUCACUUUCAUGACUAUUCUACAGAGAAAAUUAGAGACUUGCAACCUGGAGGUCAGAGCAGCAACGAACAUACACAGGGAGGAAGGAGACUGAGGCGGGCCUGAUGGAAAUCAGGCAGUCCGUGUGAGAAAUGAUCUUCCACCUUUACAGAUGACACAGCAGGUGAGGAGAUGAGCCAGUGGGAGGGCUGCCAGUUUGCACUCGUGUGCAAAGUGUCAGCUCCACUACCCAAAUGGGACUUUGGGAAACUAUUUAUGAAGCUGUCAACAACAGUGGUGGCAGACUGGAGCUCCAGACAGGUGCCCCCAGAGUUCCCAGAGCGUGACAAAGUAAAGUAAUCUAUGAUGGUAGAGAACAGAUAUAUGUUGGUCACUGUGGCAGUUUUGAGACAGUGUUAUGGUCCAUUAUUUCACUUUCAAGAAACACAGUCAAGGCUGGGCAUGGUGGCUCACGCGUGUAAUCCUAGCACUCUGGGAGGCUGAGGGUGGUGGAUUGCCUGAGCUCAGAGGUUUGAGACCAGCCUGAGCAAGAGUGAGACCCUGUCUCUGAAAAUAAUCGGGUGUUGUGACGGGCGCCUGUAGUCCCAGCUACUUGGGAGACUGAGGCAAGAGAGUCAUUUAAUCCCAAGAAUUUGAGGUUGCUGUUGUGAUGCCAUGGCACUCUACCAAGGGCAACAAAGUGAGACUUUGUCUCAAAAAAAAAAAAAAAAGAAAGAAAGAAAAAGAAAAAGAAAUAGUCUGGAGUAUCCCUUCUGAUUCACCUGUGCAAGUUUCAACUUGCUCGGCUUGUUGUGGCCGCUGGGAGGGCUUCAUUUGUUUACGUGGCAUAGAUUUUAUGUUUCUUAUUGUUGUGUAUCUCAAAACUUUCAUAAGGACCCAUGCAUUAGAGUUCCUCCAAAGUCACAGAGUGACUCUCAGGCCAGAUCUUGAUUGUAGGUCUAAUCAGGAUGUUGCUACCACCCCUUAACACUGUAUUUCCUAAAAUUUUAUUGGCCCAUGGAAUUCUGAAAGUUUGCCUGGAGGGUGGUCCUGCAAAGAAUCCAUGGUCGGGUAAGUUUGGAAAGUUCCACCUGCCUCACUGCUCUUCAACACAGAAGGCUCCAGAGAGCCUGCAUAAAGACAUCUGUGUUUAAUAUCACCCUUCCCAAAGGUUUGUUUUUGACCAUCUUCAUUUCUUUUUUUUUAACUUUUGGGGAUUCAUUGAGGAUACACAUUUUUUUUUUUUUGAGACAGAUUCUCAGUCUGUCACCCUGGGUAGAGUGCUGUGGCAGCAUCAUAGCUCACAGCAACCUCAAUCUCUUGGCCUCCAGGGAUCUUUUUGCUUUAGCCUCACCAGUACCUGGGACUACAGGCGCCUGCCAUGAUGCCCACCUGUCUUUGACCAUCUUUCGAGAAACUCUGGCUCUGAACUCCAGAAAGAGUACCACAAUGGGACAAAGAAUCCCAUUUAGCAAGACUGGUGUGUUCCCAGCCGCAUGGGGGAGGCCUCUCGCUGGGUGCUCCUUCGCUCCAUCCUUCCUCUGACUAGGAGGAAAGGAAAGUGCAGAAAGGUGCGACAGGGGCUUUGAAGGUGGCGGGACGCAGAGAGAAGUGUCUUAGACCUGUCUUCUUUUGUGGGCUUUAGGGAGUAUUCCUUUUCUUUGGGAUCAUUUUCUGAACCUGCAUUCAUGGAUGGAUAGGCUGGGAUGGGGUGAAGGAGGGAAACCCAAACUUUCUCCAGUCUGGGCCUUAUACCAGUGCGCUGUGAUGAAAGUGCUCCGGAUGCCUCAGGUGUCAGGGGGAGCGCUCUGUCCGCUGGCUGUACCUUCCUAUUGCAACUCCUCUUCGUGAGAACUGCCUCCCACCCCAUGAAGCAGAAUUACCCCAGGGUUCUGCUGCCCCAGCCAUAGUGUAGGCACUUUAUACCAUGCUCGCCUGUCAGCAAGAACAGACACUGUUUGCUUCUACCUCAUUCUUUGAAAUGGAUGAAAGACUUAAGAGAGCAUCUGAAGUUACCCAAUUUCAAGCAAGGGGGGAAUCUGACUCAGCAUCACAGAUGUUCCUGGAAUUGGGGGUAAUAAAAAUGUACCUGAGGAAUCGCCCUGUCUGCUCUGACUGUGCUGUCUGAGGGAAGAAGAUGGGGCUACAGCUCUGAUGAUAACCCUGCUUUCCCUCAAAACACAGCUUGUGGGGGACCUGUGAGGCCACCUGCUCCUGUUCUCUGUGGCUUAGGUCAGAAAGAGGAGUUGCCUUCAUUGCAUUCCCAGUCUUACCGGACAGGCGUAGGUUGUGUUAAGUAACAAAAAAGCUUGAGAAGCGACUUCUCAUCCAACAUCUUCCAAGGCCAUUGCUGAUGGGUGGGUCAAGUUCACUCACAUUUGGCUAUUAACCAAAAUGCACUUGCUCUUGCUUGGUGGUCCACAACCAUGCUCCCUUAGCUGCCAGAGGUAAACACUCCCUCUUACCUCCUUCAAGAAACCCACAGGCCCUACUUGCUCCCCUUCAUUCUGUUCUCUGUGUCCUCUGCCAAUCCCUGACCUGGCUUCAGUGGUCUCCUGGUGGAGCCCUGUGAGGGCUAAGUGAAGUCUAACUUCUGUCCACUUCCUUAGAAUGUGUUGGGAGUACUGUAAAGAAAGUAUUGUUGUCAUGACUAUUUCUGCUUAACAUUUUUACACCUAAUAGAGUCUCAGAGAGAUUGAGUUUACUUGGUCUAGGGGAGGGGCACCUUCCAGAGGACUUGCCCAGCAAUUAAAGCCGCUUGUUAGUUGGAGGCCCAGGAUGGCCGAGGACAGCUGGAGAGCUCUUCUUUGCAGGCAGCUCUGGUUAACAUCAACCGGGAAAGCUCUUUGUAAACACAUGAAUAAUUGAUCGUCCCGCGCUCACAUAGCUACUGCGGAUCUGAGCCCGUAUGACUCAUUUGCGAGCCAUUCCUGUCGUCUGGAUGCCAUAACAUUGGAGGAAUGAUGAUCGUUUCUUGGAGGUUCUUCUGUGGCCAGAGUUGCCAAGACCAAGGCUGUAAUGGUUUGUUAUGAUGACCUUUGUUAUUCCAUUAGGCUCAAUUGCUUUAAAAAAUGAUGUGUGCAUACUUUAGGAACGUUUUUACCCUUUACGUUGACCUGACAUCAUAGUUUAUAUUACAAAAUGUAUUAAUGACAGAGGAGUGUUUUCAUGUCCCAAGGACAAAUUUUAACAACCAUAAUCUGCCCUUAGUCAUCAUAAAUAUAAAUGUAUUGGUCAAACAGAUCUCGUUAAUGUGGCCAAGAUAAAUGCAAGUCUAUAUUUUAAGGCAGAUGGAGUCCUAGAGAAUCUAUCUGGGGCUUUUUGUGGGGAGAUCUUGUACAUAUGCUAUCAAAAGGCUGAGAAAAUUAACAUGUUCCCCCCUCUGGUUUUGUGUUGGACAGAUAUAAACGUCUUAGGGAUGUUGAGUAAGAUUGUUCACAUAGUUUCUGGACAUCAUUAAUGCUUGAUGGGGUGAAUCUUAGUUCUUAAAGCUGUAUUCUCAUUAUAUACCAAGGCCUUUGAAAAGAAAACAAAAUAAAAAUUGUAAGUCUUA